UAAUUGGAGCAGUUGAACAGUGCAAUUUAAAAUCAUUUUCUUGGUAGUUGCCCCUUACAAUAUUGUAAGUAGACUUUACCUUUUCCUCUGCGCCUCCUCCAUUUUUCAACCACUAAUAAAAACCACUCAUUCCUUUGCCAAACACUCCUUCAUCAAUUGCAGCACUUCUUCAUCAACAAGACACGGUCAAUGAUUUCACCGUCUCCGAUCUUCAUCUCCUUCACGCUCCUGUUCAUCACUUUUGCGUGCGCCACAUCGUCGUUGAACGAAAUCGAGAACUUCAAACCGAAAGGUUCCGACGGAUUCACGGUUCCAAGCCAUGUAGAGGAACAGGGAGAAGAAUCGGUAAAAGAGUAUUUGGAUAGCGUAUUCAAAAACGCACUCUUCGGCACUGAUUCUACUGAAACGUUGCUGAAUAAGGAAGCAUAUCCACAUAGCUAUGCCAUCGAAGCAGAGAGCAAUACACAGAUUAAGGACCAGGAACCUAGGCUGAUAUUGCCGAAACACAUAGAAGAGGAGGGACCAGAAGCGAUCAAAAAAUAUUUGGAUGACUUAUUCAGCAAAACACUCUUUGGCACUGAUUCCAUUCAACUGGACAGCAAAACACACGUUAAGCAAGAGGGCAAGAACAAGGAGGAUGCAGAUAAAUCAUUUAAUAAAGUGUCUAAAUUGAGAAAGGAAGAAGAAUUGGUAAAAGAUGAUAUUGAAGUGAAUGUUAACCUUGAGAUCGUGGGUGAUGGAGAGUAUGUUCUGAAGAUGAAGAGGGUGAAUCCAAGUUCAAACAAUGAAGAUGAAGUAGAAAGGGCUAAGCAUUUGGCUCAAAAUGGAGCAAUGUUGUUACAUUACGGAGAGAUUCUUCAAGACAUGGGAGAAAAAUUGAUUACCCAAUCCCAGGCAUUGCUUUACUCUGUUUUUAAAAUGCCUGCGCCUUCUAAAUUCAAGUCUCAUGAUGAUCAAUGAUAGUAAUUAUGUACACCUUCACUUUCUUAUUUUUAAUGCUAACUAUAAGGACACUGCGAAUUUACUAGUUUUUGAAUACAAAACUGUUACAUGUUAUCACUUUAGUCUAUGGUUUGUAUCUAACAAAAUAUAAAAAUAUCUUAAAAUUAUAA